AUGACCAAAUCAGACAUAUCAGACGAUAUAGCUUACAACCCUUACCGAUCCACGAUCACCAAGAGCCUGAGCUUGCAAUGGCCAAGACUCCCGAAGAUAGAGAACGAACAGCUCAAAAGUUACGCUACCACCCAUUCUUCCAUCCCUCUGAGCGAUAUCGACUCUAGAUAUAGAUACGAAAGAUUGGCUUUUGUAGGUGAAGGGAUAUUAUUCAGUUUCGUUACUUCGUUGAUACAAGAUUUAUUCCCUGGCAUCGAUAGAGAAUCAGCUUCGAUUAGUUAUUUACGGUACCCUCCGUUCCAAGAUUCUCUCUCCACCUGUCCUCUCAUCCAUUUCCAUCCAUUACUCGCUACCUUCCAAGGCGAUAAUCAGUAUAUACUUGAACCUACUCGUAAUUCCAUCAAAGCCACUUCGGAGAUGUUUGAAGCUUAUCUCGGAGGAUUAUUUUACUCUUACGAAAAGCAUUUUCAAGAAGGAAUGAUUGAUCCUGCUUUGACUCGAAACACAGAACGGAUCCACGGAAGUAGUGUGGGAGAGGAACAAGGACAAGAUACGAAAGAUGGAAAGAUGAAUAAGAAGAGAAAACUCAAUGACGCUACCUUUCAGAACUCUCAAGCAAGUCAAUCGCAUUCAUGCGUUAAUUGCUCUUCAGCCCAAUCAGACGCCGACGCCCAGAUUCAACCUUUCCUCCUUCCGAUUUUUACCAGCCUAGCCAAGAAAUUAUACGAUCCGAAUGAAUGUGAACAUAAGAAAUUGUUGGCGUUAUCACAGAACUCGAAAGGCGAAUUACACAUUUUAUUGGGUAAGAACAAAUUACCCAUGCCCAUCUACACCCAGGAUAAAGUACUACCUUCGGAUGAAUCAAGCAACGAAGGUGGUGCUGGAAGCGGUGAUGGGAGUCCUUUACAGAACAGUUCCUCUAUAUACAAAUGUCUCUCUGCCUUAAGAGAGGUAUUGAAAAUUUGGUGGGUUACUGACAUCAUCAGUGGUCUCUUACAUUACAGUCGAGAAGAUGGUGUAGCAUCGAAUUUGAAAGAUGCGGGGAACAUCGCUGCCUAUCUCGCUUUGAAGAAUUUUAGAGAGAUCAUGCUUGAUCAAGGAAAGAAGGGAAAAUGA